AUGAAAUUGAGUAUUCCUACAGUUUGGGGCGGUUAUUUAUCUACUAUAUUGUUGAAAAAUGAUAUACUAUUACCAAAUUCUGUGACAACAAAAAUUAUCGGUAUUCACGGAUGGUUAGAUAAUUUGAAUAGUUUAUUACCUUUAUCCGAAAGAUUACUGAAAACUCAAAGUCAAUUGCGAAAUAUGUUUAUACGAUCUAUAGGAAACAAUCUAAGAGAUUUACGAAUGGUUGUGCAAAAAAUUGGAUGGUCAACUGAAAAAUUUGUUCUCAUCGGUCAUAGUUUUGGUGCAGCUCUGGCUCUCAGUUAUGCAGCUAUGUAUCCUGAUGAUGUUAAAUCUGUUGUUGCUAUCGACAUAUUAAUCCCUAUUGCACACUCAGAUCGAAUGAAAGCCUCACGAAAAGGUAUAACAGAUGAUGCAACCAAAUUACUAAUGGAGCGGUCUGUCAAAACUGAUUCCGAUGGUAAUCUCUAUUUUACAUUUGAUGAUGCAUUAAAAUUUCCCACAAUUAUUCCUUUUACUCGAGAUAUGGCUUAUGAAGCCUUUCGACAAAUCAAAGUUCCCAUUCUGUUUAUCGGAACAAAUGAACCUCAAUGGCAAAGAUCAGAAGAAAGUAUUCAGCUGUUGAAAGAAUGCAAUCCAAAUUUCGAAACAGAAUUUGUCGACGGACCACAUCAUUUACACAUGACACAAGCUGAGCGCUAUCAUCCACUAAACAUGUCAUCAACAUCUGACAGUCCGGCACCACCAAGUCCUGUUGAUUUAAUGGCCGAAUUAUAUCGAUUACAAUCUGAGCUGGAAAUAGCUCAAACAAAUAAUCAACAAGCCGCUGCAUUUGGUUUAGCCGUAAUGGAAGAACGUAAACAGAUCCAAUUACAAUAUCAAGAAUUAGAAUCAGAACAUGAAAUAAUGAAAUCUGAGUUGGAAACACUGCAACGAAAACUGAAAAACUUUCAAUUGAAUAAACGGGAAGAAACGUUGAAAGGUGUCUCAAACGAAGAAACACUUUUACAUGAAAAGCAAGUGCGUGAAGAUUAUUUAUUGAAAGAAAUUUCAAAAUUUGAAAAUGAAUUACGUUUUACAAAGCAAGAUAAUCAACGAAUUAAUAAAGAAAAUGAAAAACUUUCAUCAAAUAUUCAAGAAUUAAAUGAGAGUAAUCGUGAAUUAGACGAUCUUAAAAUUAAAUUAAAACAUGAAUUAAAAGAUUCCAAAGCAAAUGAGCAACGUUUAUUAGAUGCAAAUACCGAAUUAGAAGAUGAUAAUAUUGGAUUGCAACAACAAGUGGCAAAAUUAAGAGAAAAUUUGAUUGAUUAUGAUGGAAUGAAACAUGAAAAUAAACGAUUACAAGAAGAAGUUGAUGACUUACACUCUCAAAUCGACGAAUUAAUUAAUUUACGACGUAUUGCUGAAAAACAAUUGGAAGAUAUCCAUUCAGACUUGAGAGAAGAACGAGAACAAAAACAUCUGUAUAAAAAACAGUUAGAGCACAAAAUUCAACAAGAAUCUCGGCGUAAUUUGGAUACAUUAGCUGCCGGUUUAAGAAUGGUUGUUUCUGAUGGUCGACAACAAGAUAACAUGGAUCAAGAUGGUAGCGAUGGUGAUGUAGACGAUGACAAUAUUGAUUCAACAGCUUCUGAAUAUGUUCGCAUUGAAAAUGAUUUAAUCAGUGAACAACAACCAGUUGGAAAUUUGUUUAGUGAAGUACACGGAAAUGAAAUAAAGAAAUUAGAAUUAGAAUGUAAUCAAUUAUUAGAAAUAAAAACAAAAAUUGAACAAGAAUUAUCAGAUAUUAACGAUAAAACAAAAUUAUUAAUAAAAAAAAUCUAUUAUUUAUCUCAAACCAUUCAGCAUCAUAAUGUGAAUAAAACAGAUUAUGAACAAAAUGAAAAUGAUACAAAGUUGUUGUUGAAUGAUGCCAUGACCUAUGUUGAUAAUCUGGAUAAAGUAUUAAUAAAACAUAAUGGUGACCAUGAUUUAUUGAAAAAGAAAUCUGAUGAACAAGAACAUAAUAUAAGUAAAUUAAAACAAGAUUUGAAUGUUAUGAUGAAACAAUGUAACGAUAUUCAAACAACGUUAAACAAAACACACGAUGAUUUGGAUGGUAGUGAAAUUUGUGUUAGUGAAGAAUUGGACUCGUUGAAUCAUCAAUUAUGUGUUGCCAGUGCUAUUCCAAAUGAAGACAAUGACAUUAAACAACAAAUACGCCAACACAAAUCCGAUAAUAUCAAUAACAAUAAGAUAAUUGAUCCGUUUAUAUGUCAAAAAUUAUUGGAAACAAUAAAUGAACAAAUAAAACAGUUAAAACAAACUAUUGAUAAAACAUCAAGUAUAAAACAACUAGAAGUACCAGUAUCAGUGAAUGGGGACAGUGCUGUAGCAAUAACACCAAUACCAACUGUAGUUGUCAAUGAUUUACCAAAUGAUACCAAAGAAGAAGCACAGGAUCAAAUAAUCAAAUUGCAUAAAUUGUUAACCACAAAACGUGAACAAAUAGCCACUUUACGUACAGUGGUAAAGGCAAAUAAACAAACAGCUGAAAUUGCUUUGGCAAAUUUGAAAUCAAAAUAUGAAAAUGAAAAAUUAAUUGUCACAGAAACAAUGUCUAAACUAAGGAAUGAAUUGAAAUCGUUAAAAGAAGAUGCCGCUACUUUUGCAUCAUUACGUGCUAUGUUUGCUGCUCGUUGUGAUGAAUAUGUAACACAAUUAGAUGAAUUACAACGACAGGUACAUGCAGCAGAAGAAGAAAAGAAAACGUUAAAUUCACUAUUACGGAUGGCUAUACAACAAAAAUUAGCGUUAACACAAAAAUUAGAAGAUAUAGAGAUGGAUAAUGAACGUGUAAAUAAUUCCGUGAGACGAAGCAAUAAUACAAAUAGUCAUUCAUCUACAGUCAUAAUACCCACACUACCAUUAUCACCACCGUCAUCUGCAGCAACAACUCCAACAUUAGGCAAUUCAUCAUUGAUGAAUACGAAUGUGAUCAAUAAUGGAAAUAGUUUAAUGUUGAAUAAUGGAACAACAGAAACAAGAAGUGGGAGAGGAAGUGGAAGAUUCAUUCCUCCGAGGUCUUUUAUAUUAUUUAUAAUAUUGAGAAUGGUCGGAACAGUCCAUAAACCAAUUAAUGAUAUAAAAACGGUUCAAAUAGAAUACCUACCAUUACGAAUAAAAAAGAAUGAUCAACAACAGAAUAAGUUCAAUCCAGCCUCGAUCAAUGGUAGUAAUGCAUUAUUAAUCAAAGCUAAUUCAGUACCACCAUUACCGCUAGUAUCAUCUCUUCCCAUCUGGUACAUUUCAUCGAUUCCUUUGCCAUGUAUUCCGCCACUUCCAUUGACUCAAACGGAGAAAAUCAAAUCUUAUCCAGCGCUGAAAUUUUCAAAAUUAACAUUUCCUCAAUAUUCAUCAUCAAAUAUAAAUUAUGAUUAUAUCAAAAAUUUACAAGCGUUAAUAGCAGCACCUAGAUAUGAAACUGAGAAUGAAUUUCGUGAAAAAAAUGCUACUCAUUUAAAAGUAAAAUAUUCACAGCAACAAUCUCUAGAGGAACCUCAGCUAACACUUCAAAAAACGCGUGUAUUUCAAACCAAACAGCCAUUACAAUUACCUCCAAUUCAUCCAGAUCAUAGCAGUUUAUUAACAAGACCAACAGCACAUAUAUUUGAAACUAGGCAACAAAUAGAUCGUCAUGAACCAUAUGUACGUUUACCAUUCAUGUUACGUCCUGAAAAUGCCAGACCAAGGAUUCCGUCAAUAUUUCCAACACGAAAAUAUGAAUCAUACACUAAUUAA